UCCCAUUUUACCCUGACCCCGUGAAAAGCCUCUGUUUCAGGAAGCUGAACGGAGCCUACUGCUCUCUGGCUGACAGCCUGAGCCGUCCUUGACCUUCCCACAGCCCAGAGCCUGUCGAUCUGCUGCUCUGGAGGCCCAGAGGUCGUCACCUCUCCCAUUGCCCAUCCCCUGGAGGGAGUCUAGGAAGAGUACUUGAAAGCAGUCUUUCGGGCCAGCUGUUCUCGGGGGGACACCUGGGGACCUCCUCCUACUCACCCCCAACCUCACCCCCACCCCAAGCCCCAACACUCGGGACUUCCUGUGGCCUCUUUUCAGAGCUGCGGGCGCCAGCCCUGAAGGGACCUGGGUCAUGGCGGGCCUCACAGCAGAACCUCUUCUUGGAGUUCGGCCUGUCAGAGAGCCAAGUGGAGACUUUCUCCGGGCGGGAAUGGGGUGGCCCUGGGGUUUGACCCCACCCCUGCCCUCCCUACACCCCCCAGCUGAGAAAUUUCACAGAGCGCAGCUUGGGAACCCAAACCUGUCUUUUUACACCCACAAAAACUGAGGCACAGAGGAGGCAAGCAUCUGGCCCAGGCCUCACAGCAUGGUAGGGACCCACCACGGGCCGCACCCCAUCACUAAGCAGCACCCAAGGUCACAACCAACCAGCACUAAGUAGGGAGAUCAAAUGACACUGCUCCUCUGGUCUCCCACGCACACACCAGCCCCUCAGGGGACAGAAGCCAGCUCUGCACCUGCUCCCGUCGGCACAUGAAUGCACCCGCCCCCUGCACCUGCCCAUGGAGAAGCCCAAAGUCAAUCCACACGGCUCUUUCUUGACCCUGUUCUCUCCAGACAAGACCAGGGGGAACCAAGACUUCCCGCUGCAGAUGGGGCUGCAGACAGAGGAGGAUGGGGGUUGGGCCUGCUCCCGCAAGGCCAAGUGCUCUGACCCUCUGAGCCUCAGACUCCCCUCUCCCCCUGCAGAGGGGCAGUAUUCUAGCCCCUUCCUCAGGUUGAUGGGGGACAGUAAGUGUCCAUGAGGCCGUCUCUAUUCCCCCUGUGAAUGGCGGGGUGGUUCUCCACACCCCCCAGCACCCACAGGCAAAGGUGACGGAGGUCAGCGGGGGUGAGGGCCCCGGAGACUGGGGGAACGCCUCUGUGCUUGGUCCCCAGCCUCGCCGGAGCAGCCGGCUCGGGACAACGGCAGGGUGGCCUAGCCUCACUCGGCACCUGCUUCCCUUAUCCCCCUGCUCACUCUCAGUGGAGGGGAAAUCUAGGCCAAGAGAGGAGUAGGGGGCCUGGCUGGGCUGUCUUCACACCCUCUGCUGGUCUCCCCACAGGUGCUCCGAAGACACGGUGCUGGGUCACCAGGCGUGGGGACGUGGGCUCCUGGGGCUGCAGGAUGCUGGACCAGUCAGAGUGCUGGCGCCCACAAGCAGGUGCUCCCCCUGUGACGGGCGCCUGCCUCCCACCUUGGCCAGUGCCCGGAGAACACUCUGUAGCGCUCUCUGCCCGACCGGGAACUGCAUCUCGGCUUAGCCGAGCCGACCCUCGCUCCUGAAGCAGACCCCGGGGUCGCUCUGUGAUCAGACGCAGCGCAGGCAGAGCGAACAGCCGUGGGGUGAGCACCCCAAGUCGUGAGCGAGGUGUCCAGUCAGUGGCCAUGCCCGGACCAGAGGGAUCCUGCAGAAACACGUGGCCCGCAACGCAGCCCCCCCACCCCCCGACCCCGCUCCGCCAUGGGGACGUGCGGGUGAUGACGUGGGAUGCUCCCCGCACUGAUCUGUGAGCCCACCUGGGGAGGAACCGCCCGGGAACCAGCGCCUGGGGAGUGACGGACGCCGUGUUCCCCACUGUGGGUGCCGGUGGUGCAGAGAGCCACUGCCAUGACCUUGACGACUCUCCCAGCCCUUGCCGAGCCCUACCCUGGGCUAAGGGCCUCACCACCGAGCCCCGUCACCAUGGCCACUCUCCGCUGAGGCUCAGAAAGCGAGGCCCUGCCAGCCACCCAGCGGACAGCCAGUGCGUUUUGAAAACCUUGGCCGGUGGGUCCGUCCUUCCCCGAAUGGGAGUCGGGCACUGAGCUGGGCGCUGGGGUUGUGGGAAACACCGAGCUUCCUUUUUUGUCCCUUAAGCGGGCUCCACACCCAGCAUGGGACCCCACGGGACCGAGAUCGAGAGUCAGACGCUGAACCAGGCGGCCCCACUCAGCUUCCCUUCUCAGGAAUAAAUGGACUGUGGUACAGGGGACACGGGCCAGGGGGCUCCGAACCCCUUCCGCAUUCCCCCUCGUAGGAAGCAGCCCUCCCUCGUGAGGCCCACGGCCACGCCACCCAACACAGCUGCCCGCCUGACCGCCCACGGGAGCGGCUGAGCGGGUCGGGCGUGGGUGGGCGAGGGGUGGACACCGCCUCCCCCCAACCCUGCUUCUCCGAAGAGUGAGGCAGACGCGACAAACGCAGGACCGUGAAGGGUAAGGGUGGGUGUGCCAUUCACACCUCUCCCGAGGGACUCGAGGGUCUGUGCCCGCCCUGCGAUGGCUGGCUAACGAUGCUGGCUGCUCCGCUGGAGACCAGGCCUGGGCAAAGGGCAGCCCCCUCGGCUCCCGUCAUCAGACCACAUCCUGUUUGUGUUGGGUCUUUUAUGGAGGCCGGCAGCACUGCCCCCUCCUUCGCCACCAGCGUCCCCAAUGGAAUCCCAGGGUCAGGAAUGUGCGGCAAUCAGACCACAGGGCGGCAAAUCUACCCGGGGGCCUAUAUAAAGCAGGAGGAGCCCGGAGCCGCACCUCCCAGACAGGAGCCCGGAGGCGCCCUGCCCAGCAGCCCUCCUGGGGAGCAGGCCCGCAGCACGAUGAUAAGCCCUUACUGCCUGCUCCUCCUGCCGCUGGGCGCCUGCUUUCCUCUGCUGGGCACAGAAGAGGCCGCCGCGGGUGGCGUCAGAGGCGAAAUGGGCUGGGCCCACCUGCCCGGGGGACACCGAGUCUCCCUCCCACGGGGCUCCCCCCGGCGGCCGAGAGCUCCGCACCCCCUGGGCCCGCCUGUCACGGCCAAGGAGCCGCAGACGUCCGGCAGGCAGAGUGCUGGCUUCAGGGUCCGGUUUGGGAGGCAUGAUGACGGCAGCGAGGCGACCGGCUUCCUCCUGGCGGAUGGCGACAAGGCUAGCGGCCCGUUGGGGACCCUGGCUGAGGAGCUCAGCGGUUACAGCAGGAAGAAAGGCGGCUUCAGCUUCCGCUUUGGCCGGCGGUGAAGGGGCCAGGGCAUCCUGGAAGGGGCUUCUCCGUGGACCCUCCCCGCUGCUGCUUCCAACCCCCCCUGCCCUGUCUUCUCCUCGAGCCCGAAAGACCAGAAUACUAAGAAGGCGUGAGGAAUAUUCUAAUGAGUUCUUAGCAGUAGGAUGGCUUAGGUGGGUGCUUCCUUUUGAUUUCCAACUUGGCUGAGGCCAAAACCUGGACGGGAUCCAAAAAAGGAAGCAAGCCGCAUCCCAGCAAGCACCGCCCUGAUGUAGCCCACAGACCACCGUCUGUUCCAGCCCCCUUCCCGGGGGGUCGGGUCUCAGCAGUCCCCUGGCCGAGAGGCGGCCCGGAGGCUGGGCGGUGUCAGCUGCUCGGUGGACGGGGCUGGGCCAUGAAUAUGAAUAAGCAAAGCUGGCUAAGCCGAAGGCAGGUGGGCUGAUGCUGACAGCGGGGUAGUCAAAGUUUUGACAGUCUCCACGGGGACGUCUGGAGCUGACAUCCAUCCAUAGUGGGCCGUGACAGCGUGUUCCAUCGGGUGUAGCGUGCGGUUCUGGAAGUUAAAAAACAGAAACAGAAACAAUCUUGCUCUCCGUCCCAUUAACACACGAGCCCCUCUGGCAAGAAAACCCCGCUUGUGGUGUCGAGAUGUCGUUCGGACCCGGCUGCCCGUUCCCUUCUGAUACCUGUGCUCGGCGGCGGACCCGUCUGGUGGGAGAUGAAUGGGGCAAGAAUACGGUUUUGCUCUGGCAAGGCUGCCCCUCGAGUGUUCAGGAUAUGAAUGUGCCGUGUGUGUCUUUUGAAAUAAAACUUGUAACUGCAAAACCGUAAUGGGAA